AUGUUAGGUGACAACAAAAGGGCAUGGGAUUCAAAGCUAAAUUUGGCAGUGUGGGCAGAUAGAGUAACAAUCAAGAAAUCCACUGGGUUUCCUCCUUAUCAGCUUGUUUAUGGUAAAGAAGCAAGGUUGCCUUUGAACAACCUGCUCCCAGUGUAUAAAUUUGUCUCAGAGGAAUAUUUAGAAGAUGUUGAUUUCAUGGAAGACAGCUUGGUCCAGUUGAUUGAAUUGGAUGAGUACAGAAGAGAGGCUCGGGAACAAAAUAUACAUAAGCAGAAGAUGGUAAAAGCAUUACAUGAUAAGAAAGAUUCUAUUAGGUCCUUUGAGGAAGGAGAGUGGGUGCUCAAGUGGAAUUCAAAAGAUCAGGACAAGGGCAAGCAUGAAAAAUUUGAAGCACUUUAG